AUGGACGACGAAAAAAAGACACGGCCAAGAUCAAGAUCUCUGAAUUUUCGAACCGGAACUCCCACUACAACAAAAAAAACCUUGUCAAUUCAGUUCUUACUGAAUUUAGAAACAAAACUUUUCCCUAAAGAUAAUAAUAAUAACGAUAAUUUAUUUUUAAAUAAUCAAUACACUAAAUCAAAACGAAAUAGAAAUCUAAGCCCAAUACCAGUAUUUGGACCACUUUUAGAAAGAAAACGUUGGAGAUGUAUAUCGUAUUUAAUUGUGGUUGUGAUUAUUUUAGCUUUAGUUCAAGGUGUUUUGAUGUUUUUAGAUUCCUCAGCAACAUCAAAAUUCCAUCAACUACAAAUAGGUUUGUUUAAAUUUAAAUUUAUCAUAAUGCCAAUAAGAUACAUUGACAUACCUCCUAUGACGACCCAAAUGCUAGAAGGUAAAAGAAUCUUUCAUGUAACUAAAGAAUAUGGGUAUGCAACAAUAAAUGAAUUAGGCCAUGCAGUUACAGACCUCGUACGUGCUCAAGUUGUUAGUAACGCAUCAUUAGAUGUGAAUGUAAUAAUGCCAUUAUAUCCAUUUUUGAGGGGCUAUCAUAAUUUUUCUAGAUACACAGAGUUGGCAAUUGACGUUCAAGAUGAUGAUGGAAGUAUCGUACAAAGUAUCUUUACGGCACGGAGAUCUAAAAGAUCUUUUAAUUUGGCCCAUGAAUAUAGGGAAGGUAAUGAUAUAUAUCCAACAUCAAAAACAUUGUUGCAAGAAUGGGAUGACUUAUAUUUCUGCAAAGCCGCAGCAGAAUUGAUAACCUACAUAAAUAAUGAUGUUGACGCAUCAAUAUUUGCCACGAAUGAAGAACAAGGUGUUGAUUUGGUUCACGUUCAUGGUGCAAGGAAUGCGUUGGUGGUUGAAUUUCUUAAUGAUUUCAAUGCAGCAAAUAACAGAUUUAGUAGACCACCACCUGCCAUUGUAUAUACAAUACAUGAUCAUGUGGAAGAGCAAGGGUACUCAAUCAAUCUCGAAAGUGUUUUAAAAUUUGUAAAUUUAAAUGAUUAUAUGCUUGAAAAUUAUUUUCAUAACAAUCAUAUGUACACAUCAUCAUUAGCAAUAGAUCAAGCAGACUAUGUCACGUUUGUUUCAUAUAAAAUGGCAAAAGACAUUGUUGAAAGGCCGAUGAGUUUUUCACUUAAAGACAUGUUGAUGUUUAGUAUAUUGAAACGUGCUAGAGCAAGAAAUUGGAUUGGAAUAAGUAAUGGAGUUGGUCUUAGAAAAUACAAUCCAUUUAACGAUAAAUUAUUGAUUGAUACGCAAUCAAAUUUCCCCAAAAACAUUUAUAAUGAAUCUUUUAUGGACGAAAUCGAAUAUAUCAGCCUCUACAACGAUGGCGACGACGAGGGCAAUUACAACAGUGAAAGCGGUGGUAGUGAUUUGAUCGUUUCAGCAAAAUAUAACGCUAGAAAAUAUUUGAUAAAAAAUGAAUUAUUGAACGAAAAAGAUUUGGAUCGUGUGAUUGUUUUGUUUGUAAUUAAAGUUGGACGUGAUAAAAGCAUGCCAUUUGUUGAUGAUGCGGUUGAAAUUAUAACACAAUUAGGAGCAAAAUUUAUAAUAAUAGGUCGAAAUGAUGUUUCUCUUGGCAAGCACACGAUUAAACGUCUAAGAAAAAAGUAUCCGGAUGAUGUUAUGAUCAUUAAUGAUUUACGAGUUCAAAAGAAAAUGGAAGUUUUGUAUAGAGCAGCAGCAGAUGUAUUAUUUGUGCCUAAUAUAACCGAGGAUUUUGGAUUAGUGGCAGUUGAAGGAUUAUUGUUUGGAUCGACAGUGGUUAGUACAGGGGUUGGAGGAUUAAAAGAGUUUUUGAUAAACAAAACACAAGAUACAAUAUCGCCAACAAUGACAUUAUCAUCGUCUUUACCUCCAUCAAAUGAUCUGAGUGAUCAAAAUGAUAGCUAUAAUUCAUAUUUAUUUAAUUUGUAUAAGGAAGAAGAUAAGUUUGAUGUGUCUAUUGAAGAGAUGAAAAGUGCAUUAAGCAAAUCCAUUAUUGAUAUGACAGAAUGGUCAAACGAUCUUAGGGCCAAAGAAGUGCUUUUGAGAAGAUUGGUUAAUGAUGCCUUGAGAUUGAGUUGGAAUAGGCCUGAUGGACCUAUUGAUCAGUAUACCAAGGUUUAUAAGAUGGCAAUUAAAAAACAUCAAGACGAUUUAAUAAAGUUAACUCCUAAUUUGUCGUAA